ACGAUCCCGUGAAUGGGAGUGAAGCCGCAGGAGGGUUUUCCCUUUUCCACCUUGUCGCCGGCAAAGCCACAGCCACGGCGAUCUGCUCCCCCUCACGGCGGCGAUGGCGCUCUCGACCUCCCGGCCUCACCACCUCCUGCGCCCUCUCCUCCGCGGCUUCCACGCCACUUCUCAGGCCAUGGCGAGGCCUGAGCCCCACGAGUUCUCCAAGCCGAGCGACUACCUCGGGAGCUGGGAGCCCGCGGGCGACCCACGGGAGGCGUGGGCGCGGCUGGAGCGGCUUCGCAAGGGCUACGCGCGCGACGUGCGGCAGCUGCGGAGGCAGUACUCGUACGAGAUGCAGCUGCUGGAGGCCGAGCGGCAGCGCAAGGCGGAGGCCCGCGCCGAGGCCGCCCGCCUCGCCAACGAGGAGCGCAAGGCCACCAAGGCCGCCGCCGCGCAGACGCGCGCCGCCGAGCGCCGCGCCUUCGAGAAGGACUUCCGCCAAGCCCUUAUGAAAGAAAGAGCUGAGAAGCUGGAGAGCUGGAGGGAGAAGGAGAAGCUUAAAGUACAGAAGAAGGCGGAUCACAGGGAGCUCUUGCGCAAGAAAAGCUCUAUGUGGGUUGCUGAGGAUAAACUGGAAACAACAAUUCUUGACGCUAUCAAAAAUACCACAGCUCUCUGAGGAUACAAGAUGGUGUAUUCUGAAAGCAUGACGGAGGAUGGACUGAAGGAAGCUUAUUUGUGAUUCCCUUCUGGAACUAAUCACAACUGCCUAAGCAAUAACAACCAUAUUUGAAAAUUCUGCUGCAACACUGUAUGUUAUAUUGUUAGACUUGAACGCCAAGCUGAAAUUGUAUUUUGGCAUUGCCUUUUUUCUGAGAGAGACCUCUCUCCUCAAAUUUCUGUUAAAAAUUUGUUGCACGAUUAAAAUUAUCAUGGCCAAAUUUUGAUUUUCCUGCAUGAUCUAGUUGCAAACUGUGUUU